AUGGCCUGGACGGAGUCCUGGAAUUCCCUCAAUACGGCAAACUUUCUCGCAGGUUACGGCACCCUGCACCCCAAGGCUGUGGAGACUAUUAGUUGCUACCUGGAAGACGAUGGACCAGACGCUGAAGUACCUUUUCUGAUCAUCCAUGACCUCUGUGCGGAGGAAUUUAAAGGCGCAUAUGGCCUGAGACCAGUCGACCCUGUUGCCUAUGGUGUUGCUGCCCAAGUUGUCUGCAAGUUGACACAGCAGCAACCCGGAAUACUCCUUCUCGCCCGCUUUCUACACCGCCAAAUCACACUGCAAAACCUCCUGGAAGGCAUCCGCGCGCAAGUCAGUGUCGCUCUGCAAGCAAAACUACCCCCCACUACCACCUUGCCUGCUCUUCUACAUACUAUAAGCCAACUGCUGCCGACUGCCGACUGCCAACGUUGCGUCAUUGUACUGGCAGGCGCUGAACAUAUAAGCGUUGACGAGGGUGCCCCCGGCGUCACUCUUGGCCGCGCCCAUGUUCCGCAGUUCCUUUCACCACGUCUCAAACUCCUGCUGACUGUCACGUUGGACGAACGCACUGCAGAAUUGGACCUGCCCGCCCUAUGUCUGCAUCUACGUCUCCCGGCGCUGUGCGAAGCAGACCUCCUGCGAUUAGUGGUAGGGCGGGGUGGCGCCCAGCCCCUAGCGGACAAGAAACGAGACCUGGCCAAACGUAGCCUCAUCCCGCUGGCAGCUGCAAAUGACCUGCCCCAGGCGCUAGCUCUGGCCCGUCAGCUAGCUGACAGUUUCACCCUUGCGGAAGCAGCCAGCAGUGAGGUCAACGGAGGCUCCAGUCUGCAUGAUGCCCUCCGUCUCAGCCACUACGUGGACUUUGGGGUGGAGAGAGGGGUGAUAGCUCCGACCGUCCAGCGCCUCCUGCAAUUUGCCAGUGAACACCCCCUUGGUCUGCACUCCAACGAGCUCAUCGAUCUUUUCACGGGGUUGCUCAGUUCUGCUGCCGCCCGCGACGGGGCUCCACCCGUGAACUGGAAGACAAAGAAACUAGCGCUAGGCUUGGGCUGCAUCUACUUCGCUCUCUACGGUCUCGUUCACCUGCGUUUCAGCAGUCGGUACAGUGAGACGUCUACCAAGGCUGUGAAUGGCAACAUUGUGCACAGGCCAGCCUCUGUGCCAGUUAGUUACAGCGAUGAAAACACGGUUGACAGAGAGGUGUAUGCCCUCCAGUUGGCCUACGUCGACGCGUUGACUCAGGAGAACCUUGAGCAAUCAGCAGAGUGUGCACUGGUGAAUGUUCGGCACUUGCUGCAGUUGCAUCGAUGUACCCUUAAAUUGGGUCUCUUUGAGCGACUUUGCACGCGGCAUCUUUUCAGCCUAGCCUGGAUCAGGCGUGUAUGUAUCGAAUGCACGCUGGAGGGAGUACUGGGACUCUACGACGCCUUCAUCGCCCUCACAGACUCUCCCGGUUCCAUGUCGCGAGACGAGCUGGCACAGAUUCAAAUGCAGGCGAGCUUUGUGCGUGAUGUUCUGGCGGCCAGUACCUGUGGCCAUGUGCGCCGGACACAGAGUCUAGCUGUGGAGAUGCUGGGACGGCUGCUGGCAGUGUUUACUCCCUCUGACACGAGUAUGCGCUUCUUGAAUCAACUCAUCUCCCGGUGCUCAAGCCUCUGCACUCGGAAGCUGGGACUCCUUCCGAGAAUGCCGUUUCCACACGCCGUCGGAGACUCCCUACUGGUUCGUUUUCAGUUGCCCGCAGGCAGUCUUGACAGUUGGGUUCUGGUUGACCGACUACUGCUGAUGAAAAUGAGGGGCAGUUCGCUGCUCUACCGACUGGAUCUGGAUCAUGCAGACAAAUUAGUCGAAACCCAACUCGCCGCCGGAAGCCUGUAUGUUAGCCAAAAGCACGGCAUUAUAUUGGACGAUGUUGGGCGUAGUGCGAUAAUGGUCUACGGACUCGGCAAGGACAGUAACGCUCCUCAAUUCACCUAUCAGUAUACUGUGAAUCCGCAUAAAAGCCUCAAUGGCAACACUCCUGUAGAUGACAAACGCGCCGGUGUAUGUACCGUACUGUGCCUCGACGUGAUGUGUGAAUUUCUGGCCAUAGUGGUUUCAACAUCGACUCAAAUGAAACUGAUUCGUGAUACAGUGCAAACAACUGAGAAUGAAAACGAUAAUCUCUCCCCGCUGACGCAUAACAUUGUCGCAGUCUACCAUUUGCAUGAAGGUGAUCUCAUAUUUGCCACCUGUCCGCCAAAGCAAGCAACCUUUGUUAAAAUUUAUCCUAAUUCUGUGGACCCCUGGAAUCCCAUCAUUUUUACUAACAAUGGCGAUAAAUUGGCCAUAUUUACGGCUCAUUCGAACAUCCAGUUGGCGCAACUUGACCUGCAAACUAGACCGCUAAGGAUGCUCUUCUGUCGGCAGAACACAACAGUAUUUCUGCUGACGGAAGAACCCCGAAAGGUGAUUUUUCUGCGGUUAAAGGAGGAUGCGACUGUGAAGUCGUCGUUUCGUGUCAGUUUUCAGAAGGUCAUACCCGAAGACGUAAUUACUGAUCUGACACUAAAUUCGUCCGGCCAACUUCUUCUGAUACAAGCCCUGAAACACUUGGUGGUCUACGAAGCGGAUACUGAUAAGAUUGUCUUUCUGGCAAACAUUUUCGAAGGUCUCCAACAGGCUUGUAUGCCUGAGUGCUAUUUCGAGAAGUUUAGCAUCUCUGAUGCUUUGCUGGCCUAUGACGACAACCUAGUACUAGCUGCCGCAUAUAAUCUUGUAAUUGUGUGGAGUAUGGAAAGCGAAAUAAUCCUCUGCGUCCUGAAGGCUGAACCUGCCCCCCUCACAAGGCUGAUGUUGAGUCUGGGGAGCAACGGCUGCUGUAAUUUGAUUGGCUACUGUGAGACCACUAGGAGGCUCUACAUCUGGGACUUGGAAACUGCACUCAAAUUCUCAGAUUUUACAGACGUGGAGAACGCAAACGAAAACGACGGUAUGCGACUCAAGUCUCCAGAUCUCAUGCCAGGGCCCAUACGGGCUGCAGUCCAAGUUGAUCCAGGCACUAUUGCUGUUAUCUGUGAAGACUCCGAGACUAUCUACCUCGUGGAUGGUGCCAGUUGUGAAAUUGUCGACUGGAUCGAUGUUCAGGAGCCUGUUGAGGCACUACUUAUCUCUCCGGCUAGUGCACAUGUAAUCGCACAGGCCACAGCAACCAAGCAAACACCAUCAGAAGCACGAUGGCGGCUCUUCGACCUCAAUACCAAAAAGGUUCUUUACGAAGCAGACAGGGGAGAACGGUUGCUAAUGAGUGCCCAGGGGUUCAUAGGAGUUGGUUCAAACGCAAGUUGCCCAGUCAGCAAAUGCGAAUUUAAACAAAUUCGUCUUGCUACAGACGCCAGAGCGGGUGUGGUGAUAAACAUUUCGACGGAACAGAUUUCAUGUGGUCUGCCAGCUGCUCAUGCUGUGGCCGUUAAUCUAGACCUGGUAUUCAGUACCAGGGAUGGUCAACUGCUUGUGUUUCCGGCGCUACAGCAUGGAUGGAUGGCGGUAGUAGACAGGAAGACGAAGACCUGGACAUUUGACCGCUCCCAUCUGGAAGCAGAACUUGCACGAAAUGAAAUCCACCUGCAAGUGGUUGAACUGCUGGACUGCAGACCCUCAGUGGCUAGCUGCAUUAUCCUCCUCUUCAGCAGUGGCAAGUCGAGGCGAGAUGUCUGUGCGGCACAUUUGGACCUAAAGGAGGGUCAGCUUAUCAACUUCCUGUCAAAUGUGUCAGUGGCGUUUACACGAGAAGAAGAGAUGUACAGCAGUCAGCUGGAUGUUGCCAGCAACCUCUGUUAUCUCUACAACCGCGAAAGCAGAACGAUGUAUGCAGCGGGUGAGGACAACAGGCUCAGGCUCCUGAGCCUUCCCUGGACCGCGGACCUGUCGGCGGUUGAGUUCGCAGGCUUCUGUGAGAACAGUCAGGCGGCAGUCUUUUAUUCUGGUAGUCUCCUUCUGCUGGUAGAUCUCAGGGAAGGCGGUCGGAAAAGAGCACAUGUCGACUGCGGUGGUGAGGGCAUCGUCUUCGUCAGCUUGCGGGCCCAAAACCUUCUGGUCGGCUGCCGGAACGGUGCUCUGUUCUCGUUCGCCCUGACCAUCUCGGCGACCGGAGAACCCAGGGUACUGGAGGUCAGGCCGGUCAGACGUAGGUCCUCCGUGCUUGAUUCUCUUGACAGAAAAUGCAGUCAAGACCGGAGACGUGGUAGUCUGGAGGAACUACACGUCGAGAGUUAA